AACGAGAAUAUAGAGAUUUUUAUUAGACUUCUCUACUCCGAUCCUUUCUAUCUUUCUAUCUCCCACCUCGACGGCGUCGAGCAGGACGACGGAGUCGCCCACCCACCUCGAUCGGCGUCCGUGGCCAUGGCUGUACGCUUUCGCUACCGGAGCUCCCCCCACUUCGAGACCAUCGACCUCGCUGGUGCCGGCUCCGUCUCCGUCCGCGACCUUCGCGCCCGUAUCCUCGGCCCCGCGCUCCGCCGCCACUUCGACCUCCUCAUCUCCGACGCGGCCUCUAACCACAUUGUCGACGAGGACGCGCUGCUCAUCCCCGCCGGCUCCGAUCUCGUUAUCAAGCGCGUGCCCAUCGAGUUCGUGGACGGCCGCGGGGACUCAUCCGCUCCUCCUCAGGACAAAGCUGAGGAGCAGCAUGGCUGUGGGCGCAGUGAUCUAUGCGAUGGCAUUGCGUCAUUUUCGCCUCCAUUUCACAAUUUUGAUGAUCCAGAUAAGGCUCUAUGUCCUGGUUUGGAGGCUGAUGGUGCCAAGGUAGCACAAAGUUCCGAGAAAAGAAAUUGUCAUGGAUAACUCUUCUGAAGAACUUGGUUUGGAAGAAGGAAAAAGGGAAACUAAAACAAGUUUCAAGGCUAUGGAACCUAUAAAGAUGGAACAGAGUGUUGCUAAAUCCUCUCAAGUUGUAACCAACAUAGAUUUGCCAGCAGAAUUGAGAUGCUUCCUCUGUAAAAGUAUAUUUGAGCACGCUGUAAUGAUACCGUGUUGCCAGCAUAGUUUCUGCAAUAAAUGCAUAGUUUUUGCUUUGGCUGAGUUAAAAAAAUGUCCAAAGUGUUCAUCCACGAGGUGCACUACUAAUGAUCUGUUGCCAAAUUUGUCACUUCGUAAGGCCAUCAAACAUUUUCUUGAUGACCCAGGACCUAUCUAUGCACCUGAUGUAGGAUCAUGUGUAGAAGAAAAGGAGUCAUCAUGUCCAUUGUCGAUUCACCAACAAGAACAAAACUUGCUUUGUUCUCCAUCUGCCACUGGAAAAGACUUCAAUCAGCUCAUACCAAUUGUAAAGGUGAUUGAAAAAAGCUCCAGUAUUAAAAUCUGUCUAGAUGGAAAUAAACCAACUGAAACAGCUUCAACACUCCCCCGAGAAGCACCUAGGAAUUCUGAUUUUCAAGGAAGUGCAAGCUCCUCAAAGGUGUACCAAAAUAUCGCACAAGAUAGUGGUGACUUGCGUACUGUUGAAGCCAAAGCAUUGAGGAUAAGUUCUUGGGAUGCAGAUGGAAGAGGAUUUACCACACCAGCGAUAAGGGCAAGAAAGGGUGGGCGAACUUGUUACAGGUGCGGGUCUCCAAAUCACCUGAUCAGAUAUUGUCCGGUUGCAUCAAAUGUACAAUCAGAAGAUAGUGCACUCCACGGAGAUCCAUAUGGUCGACCUAAUUGGCAGGGUUCUAUGUUUCACCCUCUUCUGCCAUAUGGUAAUAUGCAUGGCACACCUGAGAUCAUUCCAUUUGAUCCAGGAGUUGUCCCGGUCUCACCUUUUGGAGUUCCUCCAUAUAUGCCAUCAUUUUAUGGAGGCAUGCAGAAUCCAUAUGCUUUUAUGGGAAUGAGAGGUAUGCCGUCUCCAAUGCUACUGGGGGUACAACUACCCUUGUCAUAUACAGGAUUGGGUAUUCAUGAUAAUGUUAAGAGUCAGAAUGCUCCAAGUGAAAGGGGAGUGAGGGAGAAUGACUAUGACAGUAAUUCAGCGGAUUAUCAUGAUGAGGAUGGUAGAACAUCACAAGAGCAAUAUCAACCAGAAAAGAGUUAUGAAAGGGGGGUUACCAUGAAAGUAACACAACAGUUCAAAAAAGGCACCACAAGGAUAAAUAUUGUAGCCCUACCCAUGAGAAUCUGUGUUAUUCAUCAGAUGUCGAAUUAGUUGAUCAGAAACAUCGAAAGGAAUUGGGCUCAUAUGGAAGAGAAAUGAGGAGCCACUACACCAAGCAAUCUACUUCCGAAGUGCAUGACAUCCCUAACAUCUCUAUCCACGAUACUAGGCAGAUGAACAAGCAGCAUGAUAGAAGUGCUUCAGGAAAAAGAGAUGAAAUUAGGGCAAAAGGCAAAAGUGAGUACACUGAAAAUACUCGUCAUCAAAGUCAUAAAGAAAAUAUUCGCGUGGAUAGGUCAGAUGACAGGGCACAAAUCUAGUAAAAACGCAUAUGGACAUAAACAUCGGGUCCAGGAAACUGAUUACGCGACUGACUACAGACGUGAUAGCAAGAUAGAAAGAUCUAGCCAGAGUUCAAGACAUGACAAAACAAAAGUCGGUUCUUCAGUUGGCCACGUAGGAAGGGAUAGAUGGGCGAUGGAAGAUGGCCGUCCAGAUGAUUAUGAAAGAAGGGAUCACUACCGUCACAAAACAAAGAGAAGGCAUUAAAGAAUGUACGUGAUGGUUUGUCUGUGCUCCAUUUGCAGCAAGCAAAAGAAGAAAAAAUAUCCGUAUGAACAAAAACAUUUUGCAGUGUCAACUGUGUUGUGUCCAAGAGUUUUGGCUUAUCCUGAACUUUUAUCGUCUGAAGUCGUGUAAAUCCUGUUACAUUGUUGUUAUUAGCUGUAAAUCUUGUUAGGAGUUACUUGAAGGUGUAGUUCAACAUAUUUUCCCACUUUCUGCCACAAAUGUAGGAAUGUACGACUCUAACGGUGCUGAUGUACAACGCAUGAAAAUUUCGUAGUCAUGUAUGGCAUUGUUUA